AUGGCUAAGUUAAGCUUCUCCUUUUCCUUCGUCUUGUUUCUUCUGCUAGCUUCAGUUGUCACCGGAAGCCGCCCUCUAGAGAAGACUCCCGUCGGGGUGAAGGUAAGAGAGUUAAGCACAUCUAGUGAGGCGACCACCUCAACUGUAGCAGAUGGUCAAGCUACAGGGGGCAGUGGCAGCCAGGAAAAAACUCCGGAGAGGUUAAGCCCAGGAGGAUCCGACCCGCAGCAUCAUUAG